AUGACUGCUCCUACCAAUACAAGUGUGGUUACCGCCAAUGGUGAAUCUAACUCAGUCACUGGGGCUGGUUCCAUCACUCUUACUCCUACCCUCUAUUUACAUAAAACUUUGAUGUUUAGACUAGGGAGACCAUUGGGCGUGGUACUAAGAGAAGAGGGGCUUUACUAUGUGGAUGACAUUUCACCAGGUCGUGUUCAUCAGAUUUGGGGCAUUGUCAGUGAAAGGCAUAAGAAGACUUGGUUAUGA